UCGCUCGCUCCACAUCGAAGUUCCUCUUCAUUGAUCACCAGUCCCGCCUCAAGAUGAGGAAACACACUCUCGCCCUCUUCCUCGUCCUCCUCCUCACCUUUGCCUCCCAUGGGUCAUGGUGUGCGAGAAGCGCCAUGGCGCAGGAGGAUGCGGAUCGUCAUCGCCAUCUGAGGCCUCAUCACAAUGGCAAGAGGCUCCUGGAGAUACAGACUCCCAGGAAGGUUGGGCACGCGGCAGGCGGGUCCGGAGGAGGAGGCAUCAGCGGCGCCGGAGGCAGGAGCGGUGGCGGGGCCACGGACUCGAGGCCGCACAACAGCAAGAACAGUGGUGCCAUGGCCCUGCCAGCUCCAGCGACCUCCGUCCUCGCGCUGGUUUUCACCACCGCCAUUCUUCUCUCGGCUCUCAGCUUCUGAAAUCUUAUACUCAUCUCGAUUGCGGGCGUGGUACUAGUAUGUGUGCACCGUUGCGGUUUCAGAAAUUGUUUGCAUAUAAUGCUUGUGGGUGGUUGUAGUAUUUAUCCUGUCUGAUAUGCUGUUUACUGGCCUAUAGUAUUUGUUAUCA